AUCGCUAUCUCAAACCCCAAUAUUUUGCACUAAUUUGCGAAACUUUAUUUCCUUAGUAUCGCUAUUAAUUCUAGUUAUGGCUAAUUCGCAACCAUAUAUGCAUCAGUAAUUUUUGGAGUAAUUUUCUCAUUAUUACUAGCUAAGCUUUUUUCUAUAAUCUUUGAUUUUUGUGAUGAGAAUCUCUGAAUCGCCCACUCUGCUACACUUGAAUUGAAAUCCGAACUAGGAGAAGAAUUGCGAAGUUCUUCAUCUAGGUUUUUGGAGGAAAAGGAGCCCUUGAUUCGUGAAAAAGCGAGGAAUUAGGUUAGGCAAGCUCCACUUUUGGUGAUCAGAGUAAUAGUGAUGAUGACCAGGAGGGUGUUGAGAGUAUUGAUUUGGAUGAGGUAUUUAGUCCGACUACGACAUUUGUAUCUGCAACUACAGCUGAUAAGGUGGCUUAGAAGCGAAGGUGGGGUGGGAGAUGAUUAGUUUUUUUCCUUUUAUUUUUAUUUUGUUUUAGUUAUUUAUUUUAAUUGUUUUAUUGGGUUAAAUAACAAGGUUAACCUUUUAAAUUAGUCGAAAUUGGUCAAAGUUUAAUUUUAUUAGUCAAUUAACGAUUAAAUGGACGGUUUUCAUCCAUUUUGACCUCAUGUGCAUAUUUUUGAAAGAUUUGAAACUUUGUGGGACAUAAGGAAAGACUAGGGUCAAGUUUUCAAAAAUUAAAAGGUUAGAGACCGUAAUUUCCCCUAAAUAAAAUUACCAAUUUUAUAAGUAGUCGGAAGCUCUUCUCGAAAAAGUCUCAAAUUAAAGACUGGUUUCUUCAUGCUGAUGUUUGAAACAUCGAAAUCAAGAAAACGCGCUUCAUUUCUGAAUCAGAUUUUCGCUAAACAAUGGCCAUGUUCGGAUCCAACAUGCGCAGCGAGGUGGGGUUAGGAGCGCUUCUUUGUCCCCUUGGUUCUAAUGUUGUUAUCCAAACCGCCUGCUUUUCUGUGGGGACUGUUUUACCUGUUUAUUCUACAUUUAAGGCCAUUGAAUCAAGAGAGGAAGAUGAGCAACGAAAGUGGCUUUUGUAUUGGGCUGCGUAUGGCUCUUUUAGUGUUGUCGAGUUGUUCACAGAUAAAUUUCUCUGCAGGUUUCCUUUUUACUAUCAUAUGAAGCUUGCAUUUCUUGUGUGGCUUCAACUGCCAUCUGUUGACGGAGCAAGGCACUUUUAUAUAAAUCUCCUGCGCCCUUUUCUCCGAAGACAUCAAUGCAGACUCGAUCAACUUAUGGGUUUCCUCUAUGGCAAAAUGGCUAAAUUUGUCAGUGCCCGUCAUACAGAAAUAGAGUUUACGAGGACGUUUCUUAUGAAGAUUUGGGAGUCAGCUAGCCAUAUGGUUCAAAAUAUCAUUAACCCAGGGAAAAGACAAAUAAGUGGUGCUGCUAUUGAUGGCCCGCUAGAGCAUGUAGAGACUUCAGAAUCAGAAGAUAAAGAAUGACGACCGCCUUAUAACUAGGAUAUGCCAGAUGAUUCGAUAGUCAAAUGCAAAUAUACUCUGUAAGAUUUCAAUAAGUUCCGGAAUCAUUCGCGCAUUGUCGUACCUUUCCUUGUAUUGUUCUUCUACGGAUUUGUAAUUGAGUGUCUCGCUUGUAUACUUGAGACGUCUUAUGGUAAUGUACACAGUUACGGUUGUGACAUGUUUAUGCAUAUUGCAAUAGAUGGGAGAGGACGUAAUUGAGAAACAAGAAGAAAUUAAAAUCUUGUCUGA